AUGCCGAAAGGAAUUAACCGGCAUCCAUCUACUUCAUCGGAAGACUCUAACACGUAUUCGGAAGGUCCGGGUCAGUCAAUCUCUUAUACCAACACCCCGUACGUUGCUUCUUCCACAAUAGAGCAAGUAGGUCAUGCGUCUAAAAACGGUGAUAGUGAAGAUGAUGAUGCUUAUUUGAAUUUCGACAAUGACGAAAAUCCAAAAAAAAAUGUACAUGAACAAGUGAAAGGUUCAGAAUCCAUUCAAUCAAUUACUGAUCCCACCAGGCGGAUAUCCGAUGAAGUAGAUACCAGCAAUCUUGAUAAGAAAUCAAAGUCCAACUUUUUCCUCCGGUUGAUAUCAUCAUCUUCCUCGCUUGUCUCAAAACAGGCUAACUGCUAUUACGAUGACAAAGGUGAACUUGAAGAUUCUAUCUAUUCUGAAGUUAGAGCGUCUGUGCCGCCUACCGAUGAUCCCACCAAGCCUGUGAAUACAUGGAGAACCUGGGUGCUUACAGCCAUUUUUGUUAUUGUUUUUGCUGCUGUGAAUCAGUUCUUCAGUUUACGUUAUCCUUCUCUUACAAUCAAUUUCAUCGUCGCCCAAAUUUUAUUGUUUCCUCUAGUCGGCUACCGUCGUUUUUCGUUCUUUUUAAACCCUGGUCCUUUCAAUACCAAGGAACACGCUACAAUUACUAUUGCAGUUUCUUUAACAUCUUCUACAGCUUAUGCCACGAACAUUUUAUCAGCACAAACAAGCUUUUAUAACCAAGAGCUCUCUUGGGGAUACAAGAUUCUUGUUGUACUGACUUCCCAAAUGCUUGGAUAUGGCUUUGCUGGACUCACUAGGCGCUGGAUUGUCUACCCCGCCAGUAUGAUUUGGCCGCAGACUUUGGUCAGUGCUGUCCUUUUCAGAACCCUUCAUGGCGAUGGUGGUAAUGAGAUUGGAGAAGUGAAAGAUGGAAAGGUUACUGCGAAUGGCUGGAGUAUAUCUCGCUAUCGGUUUUUCACAUAUAUUUUCAUUGCUGCUUUUGUUGUUUAUUGGUUUCCUGGCUUCAUAUUCACUGCUUUGUCUUACUUUACCUUUUUGUGUUGGAUCUGGCCCAAAAAUCGUGUUGUAAACCAGCUAUUCGGCUACAACUCGGGUCUUGGUAUUCUUCCUGUUACAUUUGACUGGCAGCAAGUUGUAUAUAAUAACAAUCCUUUAGCUUCCCCUUGGUGGGUUAUUAGUAAUACUAUCGGCUCUGUGAUAUUAAUCUUUUGGAUUGUCGUACCCAUUUUGUACUACAAGGGUGUCUGGUUUUCAAAUUACCUGCCCAUGCUAUCUUCCUCUACAUAUGACAACACAGGUAAAUCAUUCAAUUCUUCACGUGUUUUGAACCCUGAUUUAUCUUUUGACCAAACAAAGUAUGAGUCAUAUUCUCCUUUGUAUAUGCCCAUGUCUUAUAGUAUGUCUACAGCAUUAAACUUUGCUGCUGUCACUUCUAUAUUCGUUCAUUGUGCUUUAUACAACGGUAAGGACAUAUGGCAGCGUCUUCGUGAUGAACGUGGAUCAUUUGAGUGUGUCCAUCGAAAGUUAAUGCGUAAUUAUCGGGAGGCUCCUCAAUGGUGGUAUCUGGCUUUGUUCAUUGUUAUGUUCGGUCUAUCCAUUUUCACUAUUCGUUAUUACGAUACACAGUGUCCAGUAUGGGCUUUUAUUGUUGCAAUGCUCAUAUUUAUUAUUAACUUUAUUCCUCAAGGCAUUCUUGAAGGUAUUACUAAUCAACAUGUUGGUCUAAACAUUAUCACUGAAUUAAUCGGUGGUUAUAUGUUACCGGGUAAACCUGUUGCAAACCUUAUGAUUAAGCUGUAUGGUUUUAUUCCCAUGAGACAAGGUUUAGAGUUUUCAAGGGAUUUGAAACUAGCUCAAUAUAUGAAGGUACCUCCUCGUAUUUUGUUUUCAGUUCAGAUUUUCGCUACUGUCCUUGGUGGUAUAACACAAGUUGCUGUUCAAGAAUGGAUGCGCUUUCAUAUAACUGAUAUUUGCACUCAUAAGCAAAGUGAUGGAUUUACAUGCCCUAAUGGACGUUCAGUCUAUAAUGCUUCAUUAAUUUGGGGAGCUAUUGGACCAGCUAAACUAUUUUCAAAGGGAAGGCCUUAUUACCCUUUAUUAUACUUUUUCCUAAUUGGUGCAAUUGCUCCAUUUUUUACUUAUGCUUUAUAUAAAAAAUUCCCGAAAGCCUGGUAUGGGAAGCUCAAUGCUCCCGUUUUUUUCACUGGUCCAGGAAACAUUCCUCCUGCUACGGGUAUUAACUACUCCUCUUGGGCUAUUGUAGGUUUCAUUUUUAAUUAUGCGAUCCGAAAAAAGGCCGUACAUUGGUGGACCAAGUACAAUUACGUGUUGGCAGCUGCGAUGGAUUCUGGCGUAGCUGUUGCUGGCGUUGUUAUUUUCCUUUGUGUAUCCUAUCCCGGAGGCAGGUUAGACUGGUGGGGAAAUUCCGUUUACAAAAAUACAUAUGACUGGAAGAGUAUGCCUUAUCAUUCUGUCGGUCCAAAUGAAACAUUUGGUUAUGACACUUGGAGUUAA